AUGGUACAGCACCUCGCUAGUAGAUCCGGCCCGCCGGCAACUGGAAGGAAACUGCACCAGGAGGAGGCUAAAAUAUUCGCGGUGUUUACUCGUGUGCAUUCGACCUUCGCCAAAGACUUCAGCGAGACGAUCAUCGACGCCGGCAGUAGCGGAAGUCGCAUGCACGUGUACCAGUGGGAGCCGCGCAUGUUCGCGACGCUGCCCCCGCCGAUCUCCAUCCCCGGCUCAACCAACCAGUGGACGCACAGGAUGGAGCCAGGGAUUUCCUCCUACAGCACUCACCUCCAGGCAUGGGGAUGA